UCUAAAAAUGGCAGGUGGCCAGUCGACGCACCCAAAUGGUCCAAUUCCCUUGGGAAAAGAUGGUACCGACAACGAUAUAGAAUGGUCUGCUAUAUCAAUGACUCAUGUAGAAUAUCCUAAAGGUGACUUGAUUGGUAAAAUGUUAGCUUGGUUCAGUCUUCUACCUGUGUUUAUUUUGGUUGGUUUUGUAACAUUAAUAUUAUUUAGACGAGAACUUCAUACUAUGUGUUAUUUAUUAGGAAUGAUAGUAAAUGAAUUUAUAAAUUGGGUUUUAAAACAUUUAAUAAGGGAACCAAGACCUUCUGUACGAGAUAAAGAAGGGUUAUACUGCGAAUAUGGCAUGCCAUCAAGUCAUGCACAAUUUAUGUGGUUUUUUUCUAUGUAUAUAACAUUCUUCCUGUAUAUUAGAGUAUAUAAAAAUUAUAAUUGGUCUGAUGAUCUAUGGAAGUAUAUUGUUAGUUGUAGUUGUUUUAUAAUAGCUGGGAUAGUUUCAUAUAGCAGGGUUUAUUUAGCUUAUCAUACAGUUAGUCAAGUUUUGUGGGGAGCAGUUACAGGCCUUAUUUUAGGUGCACUGUGGUUUGCUGUUGUUCAGUUUUUAUUAACGCCUUUAUUUCCAUAUAUAGCAUCAUGUCCUAUAGGCGAAUUUUUAAUGAUUCGUGAUUCGACAUUGAUACCCCAUGUUUUAUGGUUUGAAUAUACCUCAUCCCGUACAGAAGCCAGGAGCAGGCAGCGUAAAGUUACAGCAAGGAAAUCCCAAUGACGGUGGUACAGAUAAAUACAGAUUAUUUUAUUAUUUUUUAUAUUUUUUAUUUAAAUUUGAAUAUUAUUUUCUGUCUAUCUUGUAAAUAUUUAUUUGUGUAAAGAUAUUUUUUACAUGAGGAUAUUUUGUUGUUUUUCUAUUUUUUGGGGGCCAGAUGUAUUAAUAUUAUUGGCCUUAAUUGUUAGGAUUUGAAUUCAUUCAGUUACAGAUUUCUUUCUUUUGAUUAGCUAUAGCCAGUAGUAUCCUUACAAUAUUUUGAGUUUUUAUGGAUAAAACUCCUACAUACUAAAAAAUGAGUGAUAAAAUCACAGUUAUUUUAGUAUUGAAAAUGUCUAGGGUUGUCUGUAUUAAGGUCUUUGAAUUGGACAAAGAUCACGCCCAUUUUAGGUUAAUUUGCAAAAAUCAUUAUUUACCUUCACAUGUAUUUUCGGUUUUUAGGAAUUGAGCUAUUUUACCAAAAUUUCAUAUUGUACUUGAAGUUAUAAGAAUUAUUAAAUACCAGAAUAACACCAUGUAUUUGAAGUAAUACGAAUUGUUAAAUUUUAUAGAAUUGGUUAGCUAUGUCUCCUUCCCUGUGAAAGAGAAUUAAAAAAUUUGAUAAAUAUGGAACCGGAAAUAAAGUUUUAUUGAGUAUUUAAUAAUGUAGUGCUAAAAUUAAUCAUAGUGAAUACACAGGGUAUAUAAUUGGUCGAACACCCCAAAACUGAAUUCCUCUAAUGUCCUGACGGCAUCAGUGCAUUGAACAUGACAAUUUGGUUGACAAAUAAUGCAGCAAAUCAGCCACUCACCAUAGUCGUCACUUGCAUCACUAUCCUGGCUGGCGUGCAGAACCCAAUUCCAUGUCACUUGAAUUGAAUACCCUCAAUUCAAGAUUGAGAAUAAUACUAUAUUUUGAUAAAAGCCAUUCUCCAAAAAUUUUGUUUUAAAUUACUUUGAUGACAUUCUUCUGAGGUUUUAACAUAUAAACUCUCUCAGUUUUUGGUUUUUUUUAAAAACCAGUCAAAGCUACAACACAAUCUUUAAUUAUAUCAACUAUUUGGGUUUCCAUUGGGGUUUUUUUUUGGGUUGGGGUUUUAUUUUUCAUAACUAGUACUACUAUAGUGAGAGUCUGUCUUGGUAGUUUCCCCUGUAAGGAUCAAUGGACUGAUCCUAAUUUGUCUGUUGUGGGUUAGUACUUUAUUUAUUAGGUCAAAGUAUUUUAAUAUAGUAUUAUUUAUAUCUAAAAUAAUAACUUAUUAUACAGGGUUUUCAGGUUUGUUUUGAGGUUAAUAUGCAAUUUUAAAUGUGUUCAUUUAUCUGGUUAUUUUAAUUUGGUUCAAAGAAUUAUUUUGCUGAUAUAUACAUUACAUUACAAAUGUAUUUUUAGGGGUGAUUUGAUGGUAUCUUUUUGACGAAAAAAAGAGCAUAUAUUUAUCAAUCCCUCUAUCAAUAGAUGUUUUUUCCACAUAAUAACAUGAAAAAUAUGUAUAGGUCCAUGCCUCUCUCAGAAUCCAAUUUUAUAAAGUGGUAAUCCCAUGCUCCAGAUAUUCUAUAAUGGAACUGCCCAUAGCAGAUUAAAGCACAAAAUAUUGUUGUAUGUAUCAGUCUGUAUAAUGUGUUCUUUAUUUUUGGUAAUAUCACUUUCAGCUAGAAAGGAAAUGUGUUUUAUUUUAAUUAUUUCAUAUACUGUUAGUUAAAGUCUUUUAAGUAAGCACAUGUAUCUUGGUAGUUGAUCUGUUGAUUGAUAACAAAUAAUAUACUUAAACUAUAUAAAUAUUUCAUAUCUGAUUGUAUUACCAAUGAUUGUUUUUUUUGUGAUCAAUUUUGAUUAUCAGAGCUCAGAGUGAUAGGGCCUCUUUAACUAACGAUAAAUAUGUUCAUCUUUACCAUUUUUAACAAUUGUAAAUAUAUGUUAUCAAAUAUUUAGUGAGUCUGUUUAAAGUGACUAUGAUGUGUAUGAAGAUUGCAUUCUAGUUUUCAUUUCAGUUUGUGUAUUUCAAGAUAUAUUUCCUUGACAUUCCUAAAUACAGAAAAAUCCAUUGGAAAACAUCCAGUUUCACCCAAUGAGGUGUAAGCUAAGAUAGCAAUGUGGUUGAUGCUUUAUGAUAAUUAACUUGUUUAAUUUAUUGUGGGCUUAUCCGGCUCUUUACAAUUAUUCACAGGCGUUGAUUUAAUCAAUUGAUGUGUUGAAUUGCUAUGUGAAGUAGGUGCCUACCUACAUUUAAGAUAUUAGGUCAGCAAUUAGCCAAUGUUGAGACAUAGCUGAUUUUCUAAAAUUUGUAAACAUUAUAUAUCCAAAUGAAAGUUUAAUACUUAAGAGUUUGUUGUAUCACUAAUCUAAAUAACACAUCAGAUCAACCAUAUUCCAAACUUUUUUUUUGACCAGCAUCAAAGAGAUAUAGCUGUUUUAAGUUUACAGGUCUAACAGAUGACCCGAUUAUUUAUGAGGGAAUAUAUCUUUAAUGCCCAAAACCAGAGUUGUUAAUUACCGGCUAUAGUUACGAAAUUAGUGCAAAGCAAAAGCCUGAAACGAAAUGCCAUCAUAGAAACAUUUUUUUUUCAUAACCAAUAAAAUGAAAACAUUAAUUUCUUAAUUAAAUUGAGAUAUAUCUAAAAAAAAUCAUCUUAUUAUGAAAAGGUCAUUAGCCUCUCUCGCCCAGACCAUCAAUUUGUAUCUCGACUAGCAGUUGUAAGUUAUGUAUUUUGUUAAUGGGUAACGGAGGCUAAAGGUUCAUUCUAGAAUAUUUUUAUGCUAAUUUAUAUUCGUCAUGGUAUCUUUCAUGGUUGCUCUCCACAUGGAUGGAAUCCUGUAAAGUAGUUUAUUCCAUAUUCUUGUGCUUAUGCAAAAAUCUUAAUACACAAUUUCUCUUCUGAAAGGACCAAUUAUUCUCUUCUUUCUAUAAUAUUUUUUUUAAGGAUUUAUAGGCAUCUAUUACCCAUAGGCACUUAAAGGGAUUAAAAUAAAACUUCUUACUACUGCUUGACUAGUAUUACUAAUAACACAAAGUGUAUCACCCGACAUAUUGUUUUGACUCGUUGAAGAUAAUUGCUAUCAUCUCACAAUACUCACUAGUUCUAACACUUCCAGUCAUUUUUAUUGCAAACGAGACUUUAUUUGAUUAUUAUACACCUUCCAAUGUAAUGAAAUUGCUCAUAUUACAGUGUUAUUAAUUACAAAUCAAACUUGAAGCGUUAUCACUUGGCUGUUCGUAUCUUCAACGGACCGGAAGUACGAAGAAAUGAAGUCAAUGACGUCGUGUUGGGGAAGCCCUGAUUUUUGAUUGGUUGAGGCGUGUUACUAAAAACUAAAAUUGACCGCGAAUUAAGAAUCUCAGAACGACAGCUGAAUACUCUCAUUGGUAGGUAACAUACUUAGAAAAAUUUAAUUGAUCAAAAGUAAAAUGACUUUAUAAAGGUGAUAUCUAUAAUUAAACGAUUUAUUUCUGCAACUUGCAUAGGCGGAAAAGUGUUGGGGGGGGGGGGGCAUAUCUCUCGAGUAGACAGGUAAAGUGAUAAAAAAAUUUUGGGAAAAAAUAUUUUGCCUUUUAGUCGGCAAAAAUGAACUGCCCGAGAUAAAGAAAUAAACCAGACAUCUCGGGUUUCGGCCGAUAUCUGCAAUAAUAGAUUUUUCGAGCAUCGAUCAUUAUUUGUUCCAUGAAUUUUUCAGAAACCGUUAUUUUCUUAAAUUGACUAAUAAAUUUAAAAUAUAUACAUUAGUGUGUAAAAAAAAAAAAACGGUGUCUAGUGCCACUCUAAAACUUCAAAGGCCUGACAUUUUUCAUUUUAACCCGACAAACAUGCGUGUUUGUGUUUAGGUGCAGUCUGGAUCACCGAGUCCGUAGGCACAUUUCGAGUAACAGAUAGGUUAAUGAAGGAACUGGGUGAUACAGACUGCUACAAACAAAAGCAAAAGGGAAUUCCUUUGAACUCAUAAUUUUCGUCUUACUUACGGUCCAAGUGAUAACGCUCCAAGUUUGAUUUGUAAUUAAUAACGCUGUUAAAUGACAAAUUUAAUUACAUUGGAAAGUGUAUAAUGAUCAAAGAAAGUCUCGUUGACAAUAAAAAUGACGGGAAGUGUUAGAACUAGUGAAUAUUAUGAGAUGAUAACAGGCGUAAUAUCUUCAACGAUUAAAAACAAUAUGGUGGGUGAUACACUUUGUGUUAUUAGUAAUACUAGUCAAGCAGUAGUAAGAAGUUUUAUUUUAAUCCCUUCGAGUGCCUGUGGAUUCGAACUUUCUGCACGUUCUCAUUAGACUGGUGGAUUUAUGUAAUUGAUGUUUGAAUAAUAUAUCAAUGUUUCAUGUAACACGUAUAUAUAAAUAUAUAAUUGAGCUCAUGACUAGGCCGAAAUAACGAAGAAGACCAACUACACGUACAUCUAAUCUACAUUUUGAAGUCUAUAAAAUUAAAUCAACACCUAAUCAAAAUAAAUCAUUUGAUGGCGAUAUAGUCAAAUCAUUGAUUUGUUACUCUUAACAAAAUGAGACAAAUUCUACCGUCUGUAUGGAAAUAAGAGUUUAGACAAACUUAGCUCACACGUGGUCCUUAGAAAUAAAAUACAGAUGUGACUUCACCCUUUGUUGGCGUACUAUUAUUUCAAAUAAUGGUACGGGCAACGUGCGAAUGGUACAUUAUUUAUAUAGAUGGAAUAUUGGACUCAAGUGACGAUUUCAUUAAAUAGUGUCUGUAUUUAAGUUGAUUAAUGGUCUUGCCCAAGACAUUGCGUAAUAUAUCUAUAUUACGCGAGGACGAUCAUAAUGCCGGAUUUACACUGUCGACUUUUUUAAAUUCAAAAUUUUGAAAUCUGAUUCAAAUCCCUGAUUUGAUCUACAUAGAAUUUGGUGGUGUGUUGGAAAUCAUGAUCGCAUUUGAUGAUGGGUAUCUGCUGACACAACUUCGGCGUUUAGAUUCUCUAGUUUUACUCAGCAAAUCGCGAAAGUUCAUUAUCGUAAAUAUUUACCAGCAAAAAUAUCGACAGUGUAAACAUAGCAUUCUAUAGAUGCGACUUUAAAGAUUGCAUGUCAUGUAGCUUUAACUAGUAUUAGUAGUUCUCUGUUAAUUUUUUAUACGAAAUAUAGAGUUUAUAACAAGGUGAAAUUGGAA